UGAGUUUUAAGAACACCUACUAAAUCUUACCUUUCAUAAAAUGGCAGAAUGAAGCUGAUUUGCAAAAUGUGAUCAAAUAUCUACUUAAAUAUUAUGAUUUAUCGCGUGUGUAGUGUUCAAAAAGUGUGUUUUCCAUUAAUGAAUGUUGAUUGAUUACAUUUACAAAGGGUGAAUGAUUAACCAACAAAAUAAUGGCACCUCGUCGAUUAGAAGAAAUUCCUGUCAAACGUAUUGCAGCGUUUGGUUGCCGUUUAUCAUCGCGUUUACCAAGAGGUGAAAUAUUGACUGAUAUUACUGAAAAUAAAUGGAGAAUUGGAGAUCCAAUUGGUUGUGGAGGUUUCGGUGACAUUUAUCUGGCUUCUGAUGAUAUUACAAAGCCAGUAGAACACAAUUCAAAAUAUGUUGUUAAAAUAGAACCACACAAUAAUGGACCAUUAUUUGUCGAAAUGAAUUUCUAUAUAAGAGCAGCUCGAAAACCAAUGAUUCAAAGUUGGUGUAAAUCUUACGGAAGAAGACGCAUAGGAGUUCCGACUUACGAAGGUUCAGGUUCACACAUAUAUCAGAAUCAAAGAUAUAGAUUUCUGGUGAUACCACGUUAUGGUAUUGAUGUAGGAAAAUUAUUUGUUUCUUAUGGGAGAAAAUUAUCAACAAAACUGGUCAAUGGUCUUGCAGUGCAAAUGUUGGAUGCACUCGAGUAUAUACACAGUCAGGGAUAUGCACACGCGGACGUUAAGGGUUCAAAUAUUUUGCUCACAACUAAUGGACUGGGAUCGGAAGUAGAAAAAGCACAAGCAUUUUUAGUUGAUUAUGGAUUAGCUUAUCGUUUUCGUUCGGGAAAUGGUGUUCAUAAACCAUUUGUUCAUGAUGAGAGACGAGCUCAUGAAGGAACUUUAGAAUUUACAUCUAGAGAUGCUCAUCACGGAACUCACUCGAGACGAGGCGAUUUAGAAACAUUGGGAUACAAUUUAUUGCAAUGGCUGUGUGGAAAAUUACCUUGGGAAAAAGAAAAUGAAUUGCAUUUGUCAACUGUUAAUCCAGAAGAAAUUCAAGCACAAAAAGAAAAAAUGCUUUCAGAUGUUUCCUUAUCUAUACAGAAAUGUUUUUCGGGGAAAAGAAAAGCACCAGAAAAUCUUAUAGAGUAUUUCACAUAUAUUUCUCGUUUGGGAUUUGAAACUAAACCAAAUUAUACAUAUUUGCGUAAUCUUUUUUGUCAAGGAUCAAUGUUUGAGGAAAAUAUUUUAACAUUAGUAAACAAAGGUAUUACUAAUGAGAAUUUUUCCCGCUGUAAAUUUGACAGUCUCCCUUAUCUUAGGGAGAGAAAACCUUGUAGACCCGUAAAUGGAGAGAUUCGGAUAACAAGAAAUACUCAGCCGAUAGUUCCGAAGAAAGUAAUUGAAUUUAGUUGGGAGGAAGUUCUUUCUCGACAUCCUGACAAGCUAGCCAAAAUUAGUGUUUUUCCCCCACCUUUUUCUCUUACGCCACCCCCAUCGCCUCCACCCAUCACUCCAACUUCGUCUUUGCCAACCUAUGCAAUGCUAAACGUAUUGCAGAGAAUGAAAGAAAAACAAUCCGGAAUUAUUAGACAUAAAACGUCAUCAAAAUCAUCAGACAAUGAACUAAAACCAAAAUGGAUGACACCAGCCAUGGAAGAAAUUGCUCAACUGAUAAAAAGAAAUUUGGAAUUGGCAUCUCAAGCAAAAGUUUCUAAUUUAAAUAAUUCUAGAAGACUCACAAGAUCUGAAUCUGCAAAAUUAAGACGACUCGAGAAUAAAUCGACGGAAAAAAUAAAUUCAAGAAAAAGAAAGGCGUCUUCUUAAAUCUGCUUCGUGUUCCACUAUUUCAAGAUUUUCUGAUAAAGAAAGGAAUUUUCUAUGGAGUAUUAUACUUUAUUAGUAAAAAUUUAGCUCUAGGAUAGAUGAAUUUGAUGUUCCUCAAAACAAAGGAUAAGAAUUUUUCUCCUUUGCAAAAUAAGCGAAGCCUGAGACACAAGCAUCUCGCCAAUUUUAAAAAGACUGCUUCGUAAUCGACGUUUUUCAUAAAAUAAAUAUAUUUGCGCUUAAAGGCAAAUGACGAAAUAGCUUUUCUUUUUCAUCACAUUAUUUAUAGAAACAAGUAAUUUUCUAUUUCUUCUGUUUAAAAAAAAAAAAAUAUUACAAGAAAUAAUUUUUUAUGAUUAAAAGUGCAUACAGUGAAAAUUUGAGUGAUUUAAAACAAGUGAAUAAUAAAUUAAAUAUAAAAAUUAUAUUUUCUUCUUUUAUGAACAAAAAAAAAAAAAAAAAAAAUGAAAAUUAUUGCUUACAAUUUCACAGGCUUCUUUUUGUAAUCAUUUCACAAUCAGAUAAUCUCCGUUAAACAAACAUUACAAAUUUGAUUAAAAAGGAAAAGGCAUUUCAGGAAUUUGUUUUCACGAGACUUAUCAUAACUAUGAUAAUAUUUCUUUUCCUCUGCUUUGUAGAAAUAGGUCAUUUUUAAUUAACUGACUUUAAUUAUGGUAUAUUUUGAAAUUCAUCAAGCAAAUUUUGUUUAUUUUGAUUAAUUUAUAUUUAAUUAAUGUGAAUCUCGAAAAGAGAUUAGUAAUUUUUUUUUUUUUCAAUGAAUUUAAAGGACCAAUAUCAGUAAUAAACUUUUUCUUUAGUCUGCUUUAACAUUUUUUUUUUUUUUGUGAAGGUAAUAAUAAUGCCUAAUUUUGUGAAACUAAAAUAAAUAUAUCAGACAUUUUAAUUACAUAUAUUAUCUAAAUAUCAUCGAUAAAUUGUAAAUAAUAUUAUAAAGUGAGUUAACUCAUUUUUAUUAUAAGUCGUCAAUACAGAGAAGAAAUUCAUUUUUUCAUUUCGCUUCUUUUUUAUAUUAGUAGAAUAUAAUCAUUUAUAUUUUAUAUAACAAUUUUUAAUAACGAGUGCAAUUCUCCAAUUUCUUAUAAAUAAUUCCAGUAGAUUUUUAAGAAUAAUCGAGCGAAUUAAUUAAUGAAUUUCAGCUUUGGUGAGACAAAUUUUGUGAUAAUUUAAUUAUUAAAAAAUUGUAUUAUUUUUUACGCGUACCUGCGCCUGGUAAGACUAAAAAUGAUGUUGUGCAACGUACAAACGCAUAAUUAUCCAUUUAUUAACAUUAGCGUACAGUGUCAAUCAAGAACAAAUUAUUAAUCAUUACGUUUCAAUCGAUAACUUAAUUUUCGUAAUGACAUUCUUUUGUAUAGUAUUGUUUAUUGUAGAUAUAAGUAUUCGACGGUAGGGAAUAUAAAUAAAAUAAAAUAUACUGGAAAA